AUGUCUCCCACCAGUAGUGUCCCCACUACUAGUGUCACCACCACCAAUGUCCCCACCACCAGUUUCCCCGACCCCAGGGUCCCCCACCACCAGUGUCCCCUACCACCAUUGGCCCCCAUUUACAAUGUCCCCAACCACCAAAGUACCUCACCACCAGUGCCUCAACCACCAGGGUCCCAAUCACCGGUGCCCCCUACCACAAGUGUCCCAUACAAGUGUCCCCUACUAGUGUCCCCCACCAAUAGUGUCCCCAUCAUCAAUGUCCACCACCACCAGUGCCCCCUACCGCCAGGGUCCCAAAUCACCAGUGUCACCUAUCACAAGUGUCCCUCACAAGUGUCCCCUACCAGUGUCCCCCACCACCAAUGUCCCCAACCACCAAUGUCCCCCACCACCAGUGUCCCCACCACCAAUGUACCCCUUCAUCAGUUUCCCAACCAGCCAUGUCCCCCAUCACCAGUGACCCCUACCAAAAGGGUACCCCAUCACCAGUGUGCCCUACUACAAGUGUCCCCUACUAGUGUCCCCACCACCAAUGUCCCCAUCACCAGUGGCACAUACCACCAGUGUCCCCUACCCCCAUUGUCCCCAUCUAACAAUGUCCCCCACCAGAAGUGUCCCCUACCACCGUCCCCACCAGCAAUGUCUCCCUUCACCGCUGUCCCCUACCACCAGUGUCCUCGACAAGUGUCCCCUACCAGUGUCCCCCACCACUAA